AUGGGUGCUCAUGAUGCAGCAUUGGGUGGGAAAUGUGAUGUCAUCACAGUUCUGUUAGAGUCGGGGUUUGAUGUAAACUGCAAAAAUAAAAAAGGAAAUACAAUGCUUCAUUUAGCGGCUUUAAAAGGUCACAGAGAAUUAGUGCAACUCUUGAUCAGUAAAGGGUCAAAUGUCAAUGACAAAAACAACAAUGGUUGCACACCAUUACAUGCAGGUGUUGAAUCUAACGAUGUUAGUGUAGUUCAGGAACUCAUUGAGAGUGGGGCUACAGUAGAUGUUCAUGACAAUCAACAAUUGACCCCCUUGCAUCUUGCAACAUAUUUGGGAUAUAUUCCGAUAAUGAAAACUCUUAUUCAAGCAAAUGCAGAUAUAUAUAACAUUGCUACUAAUGGAAAUAUGGUGCUCAUCAUGCAGCAAUUAGGGUGGGAAAUGUGGGAUGUCAUCAUAGUUCUGUUAGAGUCGGGGUUUGAUGUAACUGCAAAAAUAAAAAGAGGAAAUACAAUGCUUCAUUUAGCGGAUUUAAAAGGUCACAGAGAAUUAGUGCAACUCUGA